UGAUUCUGUGGCUCGCCUCGUCUCGGCUCUCCUAUCCCCACUGACGUUGGGCAACAAAGAUGGCGGCAGGAACCAGCAAUUACUGGGAAGAUCUGAGGAAACAGGCUCGACAGCUGGAAAAUGAACUUGAUCUGAAACUGGUUUCCUUCAGUAAACUGUGUACGAGUUACAGUCACAGCAGUGCCCGAGAUGGAAGACGCGACAGGUAUAGCUCUGACACAACACCUCUUUUAAAUGGAUCAAGCCAAGACAGAAUGUUUGAAACAAUGGCAAUUGAAAUUGAGCAGCUUUUGGCAAGGCUCACAGGAGUAAAUGAUAAAAUGGCAGAAUAUACCAACAGUGCGGGUGUCCCCUCCUUGAAUGCAGCACUGAUGCAUACAUUACAGCGACAUAGAGACAUAUUGCAGGAUUAUACACAUGAAUUCCAUAAAACCAAAGCCAACUUCAUGGCAAUACGGGAAAGGGAGAAUCUCUUGGGAUCAGUACGAAAAGACAUUGAGUCAUAUAAAAGUGGGUCUGGAGUAAACAACAGAAGAACUGAACUAUUUUUGAAAGAACAUGACCAUCUUCGAAACUCAGAUCGUCUGAUAGAAGAGACAAUAAGACUUGGUUUCUGUUCCAGCAGCUGUAGACAAUCUACUGCAGUAAUAUUUAGUAUUAUCUGUAAUAACAUUGAAGUAGUUUCCUGCUUAAGCAUUGCUAUGGCAACAAAAGAAAAUAUGACCUCACAGAGAGGAAUGUUGAAGUCGAUUCAGAGUAAAAUGAACACUUUGGCCAAGGCUUCUUCCAGAUAUGACCUUAAUAAGAUUUCCCAAAGAUCGUUUUCCUGCUGUGAACAGUCUGAUCCAGCGAAUCAACCUUAGGAAGCGGCGAGACUCACUCAUCCUGGGUGGUGUUAUUGGUGUCUGUACCAUCCUAUUACUGCUGUAUGCUUUCCAUUGAUGGCACAUCUCCAGGGACUCGUGACAACCGCCAUUUUUGUGCCCUGAUCUGGAAUAAGGAAGAGUAGGAAAGAGAAGUUGACGGUCCUGAUAAUUAGCCUGACCAGCAGGAUUAAUUCAAGACUGAUGGCGAUGGACUCUGUGACCUGGUCAGGCUACUGAAGCUACAGUUUUUCUGUGCUAUCUUUUCUAACACACAUUUCCUUCUGUUUUAGUUAAAAAAAAAAUUUUUUUUCAGUUGCUUUUGUCUCCCCAGGAGGUAAGUAAACCAAUCGGAAACUGAGUUUCUGUGCUUCAGUGAUAGUGUUGAAGGCUGCUGAUAAGCCAGGUUUUAAGCUGGACUCUUCAGAAAACCAGGUUUCUGUAUAUCCAAAGACUGCUUUCUCUUCAGCCACCAGAUUGGGUUGUGAAUAAAAAUAGUUCUUGUCCUUUUAUUUUACACUUAUGAUGAGAAAUCACAAGUCAUUUCUUGAUAAUCUGUGCUGUAAAUUUCUACUCUGUCCCCCCAACUCUUUUGGUAUUCAAGGAAAAUUUCGUUUUUCACAAAUUCUUUGAGAUGCUGACAGGCCAACUUCAACAUCGUUGAGGUUGUCUGAAACAGAAGACAAACACCACAAAAAAGCUUUUUUCAUUUUCUUUUUUUUUUUCUAAUCCUGCACACACUGGGGUUAACUGUAUUGCUGGAAAAACAUCAAGAAUGACAAGCUUUUUUAAAAGGAUUCAGUCGUCGUUUUUGGUUUUUGUUUCUUUUUUCCACUGGAUUAAUAUUUGCUGCCACAAGAAAAUGAAAUCUCAGUUCUAUCAUGACGAAAGAAACUCAUAGCCCAUGUCUGGCAGUGCCCCUUGCUGUUCCUCUCAUGUCGGGAUUGACACUGGUACCUGAGUGAGGGGACUGCUAAGUUUUCAGUGGGAUCUGUUCAACAGGCCACAUGCAAAAAGACAUUGAUUGGAGGGAUCAGUAUCCAGAUAAUUCUGUUUGUAAAUGCUCUGCAGUUUGUGAACAAAAGCUUAAGAACUACUGCCUGAUGCACCAGGAAUUCUGUGCUCUGUGAAACCCGUUCAUUCCAAAUCUGUUAAGCUUUUCCAAACAUCCAGAGAAUAGUUUGGGUGUUGAAGGUGCGUGUGACAGAAUCUGUCGCUGUCUGCACCCGUCUUCUAUUACCAUCCCUGGACAGUGACAAAAUUUUAAACCACCCGCCAGAAUUCUGUUCAAGUUUAACCAUUUCUCAGUUUCUGUAUGUUUAUUACUUGUUUAACUGAACCACCACAAAUAGUUUGAAGACUUCCACCAUAUACACACCAAGAAAGAAGGCUGCUUUUUACCAUUGGAAUUUACUGUGGUAUUUAUAGUGUUGGCUUCAGACUGUGCCACAGAGAAUAAAUGAUAUUAGCAUGUA